AAAAAAAAACAUUGUCUCUCUUGUUCUAAACUUUCCUUUCUUACUCUGUUCUUCAUCUACUUUCACAUUCCCUCUCUCACUCCAAUUCAAUUCAACCCAAAUCCUCGCGCAUUCUCUUACGCAUCACGAUUCCUUCACUUUCUUCUUUCAUUUUCCCGAGAAAAUUCAACAACCCUUAUACUCCCCACCAUAGGCUUCACCAAAACAACAACCUAGGGUUUCCGCCGGGUGAUCGAUUCUGUUGUCACCGGCGACAAUGGCUACCAGCUUGCAGAUGACUCCUCAGGUGGAGCAGAUUCAUGGACAAAUUCAUGAUAUUUUUCGAGCUCUCGCAAAUGGCUUCCAGAAGCUCGACAAGAUUAAAGAUUCCAAUAGACAAAGUAACCAGCUGGAAGAACUCACAGCGAAGAUGAGGGAGUGCAAAGGUUUGAUAAAAGAAUUUGAUCGUGAAAUUAAAGAUGAAGAUGGAAGAAAUCCCCCAGAAGUGAACAAACAGCUCAAUGAUGAAAAGCAAUCAAUGAUCAAGGAACUAAAUUCAUAUGUGGCAUUGAGAAAAACGUACAUGAGUACACUUGGUAAUAAGAAACUUGAACUUUUUGACACGGGGGCAGGGUCAAGUCAACCCAUGACCGAAGAAAAUGUUCAAUUGGCAUCAGAAAUGUCAAAUCAAGAACUUAUAAAUGCUGGGACGAAGACGAUGGAUGAAACUGAUCAGGCUAUAGAAAGAUCUAAGCAGGUUGUACAUCAAACAAUUGAAGUAGGUACCCAAACUGCCACAACCUUGAAAGGCCAAACUGAACAGAUGGGUCGAAUUGUUAACGAGCUUGAUUCAAUUCAGUUCUCAAUUAAGAAGGCUUCCCAGCUUGUGAAGGAGAUCGGAAGAAAGGUAGCUACCGAUAAAUGCAUCAUGCUUUUUCUGUUCCUUAUCGUCUGUGGUGUAAUUGCCAUCAUUGUUGUAAAGAUUGUGAAUCCACACAACAAAGAUAUUAGAGAUAUCCCAGGAUUGGCGCCUCCAGUUCCGACCAGGAGGCUUUUGUAUGUAAGGACUGGAUAACAUUUUGAUUAAUUCUUAUGCCUUGCAAGAGUUUCCUUCAUCCUCAUUCCACCACCCUUGAUUCUUGGUUAUCUUGUAUGAUACGAAAGUUGGAGUAAUGCUUUAUGGGGGCAUAUUUUGGAAAUCUUCAAUCAAUUUUUAAAUUAAAAGGUUUCAUGAUUGAGCUGUGUAUAUCCUGUUUGUGGUUUCUAUUCUAUAUAUUUCACAAGGAGCGUCUUUUUCAUUUUUUAGUUCCUUGUUACACUGUAACAUUUUAAAACAAUCAUGUAUGCCUCGAAUGAAAAUAAUACCAUAUAUUGGGGGACCUAUGGUUUACAUGACCCAUUCGAAUGAGACUUUUCCCCUUUUUUA